AUGACUAGUAUUACAAGAAUUAUAAGUUUGAUGGCAACUAUAUCAUUUGUUCUUGGACAUUUUGGAUACAGUAGACGUGACCAGCAUACAUGGAUUCGAAAUUUCAAGUUAUGUGGUGGAAAAUUACAGUCCCCUGUAUCAAUAUCAUCAUUGAAAUCAGUUACUCUUCCUUUGCCUGCACUUGAAAUAAUCAGCUAUCAUAAUUUUCUUCCAAAACCAUUACAUUUGAAAAACAAUGGUCAUUCAGUUGCAGUAAAUAUAAAUAAUCAUUUAAAAAAACGAUUACCUUACAUAUUUGGUGCUGCACUUGAUACAAAUCAAGAAUACGAAGUAGAUCAUUUACAUUUUCAUUGGGGUGCAAAAAAUAACAGAGGAUCUGAGCAUAUUUUGAAUGGUGUUAGAUAUCCUAUGGAAAUGCAUAUAGUUCAUAAAAAUAAAAUUUAUUUAAAUUUAUCUAAUGUUUUAGAAUAUUUUUUUAAAGCUUACAAUUAGUUACAGGAAGAAGAUAACAAAUCAUUGUACCCUAUUGUAAAAGAUUUAACAAGUGUGCAAUGGCUAAAUAAAGAAAUACAAUUAAAUACGCCUAUAACACUAGCUUCGUUAUUACCUAAAAAUACAGAUACAUUUUAUACUUAUAAAGGUUCAUUAACUACACCCCCGUGUAACGAAGUAGUAACAUGGAUAAUCUUCCCGACACCGGUUCCAGUAUCUUUUGCUCAACUAAAUAAAUUUAGACAACUUUCCAAUGGAGAAGAUGUAUUAGAGGAUAAUUACAGAAAACUACAAGAUUUAGGACUCAGAAAAGUUUACGUCAGAAGACUGAGUCCGUUUUUAAUCGCAAAAUAUAAUGAAACGGUUUUUAAUGUCACAAAUUUAGAUUGGUUUUGGCAUUAAACAAAUUUUAGACUAAAGUAAAUAAUUUAAUAAUACUGCAUUAUUAAAAGAAAAAAUAAAAUUCAUUAUGUUAUAUUUUGCCAGGCUUAAGUAUGCAUGUAGAGUAAGACA